GGUGCCGACACACGUGAAGCCAAGGUCGGUGAGUUGGUGCGGUGCGUGUCGCGCGAGCGGGUGCCCGGACGAGCGUGGCCGCUCUGGGAUGGAGUCCUCGUCCUCGUCCUCGGCGGCGGGUGUGGGCGCAGUGGACCCACAGCUGCAGCAUUUCAUGGAGGUGGAGAGUCAGAAGCAGCGUUUCCAGCAGCUGGUGCACCAGAUGACCGAACUCUGUUGGGAGAAGUGCAUGGACAAGCCCGGGCCAAAGUUGGACAGUCGGGCCGAGGCCUGCUUUGUGAACUGCGUGGAGCGCUUCAUCGAUACGAGCCAGUUCAUCCUGAACCGCCUGGAGCAGACCCACAAGUCCAAGCCAGUUUUCUCAGAAAGCCUUUCUGACUGAUCGCAGCGUUACUUGUUUGGAAAAGGAACGUAGUCAAGAAAAGGAGCGCAGUUGAUGGGAUGAAGAAAUGGCCAUGGGGGACUGACUCCCCCAUUUUCUCUUUCUUGGGACAUCUUGGCGUGAGAAUAAACAAAAGCCAAUUUUUUUGUGUGGGGUUUGAGGGUCAUAUGUGUAUUUACUUUUUUCCCCUUCUAAUCUUGUGAAAAUAAUUGACAGAUGAGUGAGAAAUUACUAGUAGUUUAUCCUAUGUGGCACUAUCCUUUUUUCAAAGCUCCCUUGUUUCAUGUAAUUUUGAUAGUGGCACUUUAUAAUUUUUUUCCUUCCUAUAUUUUGGUACCACUACCAGAUAUAAUCUGUGAAUUCGUUUCAGAUUUUUUUGGAAGAUCUUUGUGUCUUUCAGAAAGGACGGCAGUGAGGGAACAAUUUGGCACUUAACAGCACCUAAUCUAGUGAUUUUGGCAGUGCUGAAAAAUCUAUGGAAUAUUUAUACAGCAUAUUUUAGUAUUCUAGGUUGUCUCCCCUAUACUCUCACUUAAAUCCCUAUAUUAAAGUAUGGUCUCAAGGUAGAACGAACAAUCUAAGAAUCAAGAGGCUUUCGUCAUGAAGAAAUCUAGCCAGUGAAAAUAAUUCUUGUUACUACGUGGCACAGAAGUAAGUUAAUUUACCCUGUAUAUUAGGGUAUAAAAAAUUAAAAGGGGUGACUUUUAAUUUUAAAGUUAAAAAUUAAAGAUUUAGACCAAAAGCAAAGCAGUUUUUGGUAGAGGUGUAUAUCUGCUGUUAAUCAUAGAUUGUGUUAGCUGCAUUCUUUUGAUCAUAAAUUCCACAAGAUUUCUAAAAAGACAACUUUUAGUUAGCUGCAAGUUUAAUUUAUGCAAAGUGUGGUUUAGUUGAGAGAUUAGAUGGACCUGUCUUAAAUAGUGUUAAACUACACGUAGAGUAGGAUUCAGUUCUAUAAACAAGGGUUGUGAGGGAAGUGAAAGUCAUGCUGUAUGAACUAUAUUCAAAGGACUAGGUUUAAUUUUGAACAGUAAAUGGCUUUGAAAAUAGCUGCAGUGGAAGAGUUCCAGAAAAAUCUUGUGGCUGUGGAAAUUACAAUAUUGUUGGAAUACCAUAGAUUUUGAUGGAGCUCACUGGAUAAAUGUAGACUGCUUAAUCAGGCAGAGAAGAGCAUCAACAAAAGAAUGAAGGCAUGAAAAAAGGAUGCCCUCUGGGGAAAUGCAGAGAGGAGAGGAGUGGUAAGAGAAGAAAUACAUGUUGGCAGUUGCUUUAUAGGCAAGUGGAGAUACUGGUGUAGAAAGAAGAAAAUGCUUUUCUUUUUUUUUUCUUCUCUUCAAUACUGGGAAUCAAACUCACAGGUGCAU